GCGCGCGGCUGUGACGUCACGGGCAAGAGAGGCGCGGCGGCCGAGCGGAGCGGCUCCGGGCCGCGGCCAUGCCCAAGCGGGGCUGCCCCUUCGCGGAUGCGGCCCCGCUGCAGCUCAAAGUGCGUGUCGGCCAGAGAGAACUGAGUCGCGGCGUGUGCGCCGAGCGCCUCACACGAGAGAUUUUCGAGAAGACCAUGCAGCUUCUCUUCCGUGGAGCCCAGGCCUGCAUGGACCCUGCAUGGGAGGAAGGCUGCGCCAUUGUCCACACGCCAGAGUCCCCGAGGCCCGGCCCCACAGAAGCCCCUCGGGCCGCGCGUGGGCAGAUGCUGAUCGGGCCCGACGGCCGGCUGACCCGGAGUCAAGCGCAGGCCUCCGAGGCUGACCCGGCUGGGGCGGCGUCGGGAGCCUGCUCGUCGUGCGUGCGGGCCGUGGACGGGAGGGCCGCGUGCGGCCAGUGUGAGCGGGCCCUGUGUGCGCGCUGCGUGCGCACCUGCUGCAGCUGUGGAGCUGUGGCCUGUGCCCUGUGCGCCCUCGUGGAGUGGACGCCCACCGCGGGCUGGUGUCUGGAGGCUGAGGGGGUCUCCUCGGGGCGCCCCUUGUCAGCAGGCUCCGCACUCUGGCCUCACCCCAGGCCCCCAAGCCACCUCCCUCAGGAGCGUCCGUCUCUGGGGGCCUGGCCAUGGGGGCUCGGCCGCCUGGGUGCGGGACCCCCUCAUAACUGCCUCCAUCUGGGCCGGGCUGGUACGCAGCUCACAGGGACUCAGCCCUGACGCAGCCCCUCUCUCACCGG